AUGCUAAGGUACACGGCGGGCGCGGGCGUGGGCGUGUUCCACAGCGGGGUACAAGUCCACGGGUCGGAGUGGGCGUACGGUGGGCAUCCUUAUGCGUUCACGGGAGUGUUCGAAAUCGCGCCGCGAGACGAACGGGAGUUGGGGGAACAAUUCAGGUUCAGACAGAGCGUACACAUCGGCUACACGGACUUCAGCGAAGAGGAGGUGCGCCGACUUGUUACAGAGCUCGGCAAGCAGUUCCGCGGUGACAGGUAUCAUCUUAUGAACAAUAAUUGCAACCAUUUUACGUCCGCAUUCUGUUUGGCGUUAUGUGAACGCGACAUCCCCGCGUGGGUGAACCGUCUUGCUUACGUUAGUUCCUGUGUACCAUUUCUACAGAGAUGUCUACCCAAAGAGUGGCUGACGCCGGCGGCGCUGCAACACUCGCUGGCGGCACACUCUCGCUCAUCUUCACCAAACACACCACAAUAG